AUGACUAUAAGUAGGUACGUUAAAUCAGACGUUCAGAUUCUUACCCUUGGAACUGAUGAAUGGAGAAGUUUAGAAUCUAUUCAGUGGAUGCUUGAUCCUGGACCGUCUAAAGCCUUGUUAAAUGGAGCUCUACAUUGGGCGACAAAACGUUAUGAUGAGGAUCAGCAGGUUCAAGUUCAUUGUUUGGGUAAUAAUAAAGGAAUAGAGAUAUUUAUGAACGAAUACAAUGUAAAGGACUCAUGGAUGAAAAAAUAUGUAAUUGGGACAUAUGUGCCAAGUAGCCUACGUCAAGAUAUGCGCAUGAACAUGGACUCACAAAUAUGGAAGGAACGAAGGCUUGGUAAAGGAGGUAAUCGAGUUAUAUGCAUACUGAAGAAUGGAGAUAUUUUGCUGCAGAGUGAGAAUGGCGCUCUGGUUUCAUAUGACCCUGCUAGAGAGGAGUUUAAGGAGCUGCUGAUUUCUGGGCUGCCAAAAUGGUUUUGCACAAUUGUUCAUGUGGAAAGUCUUUUUCAAGUCGAGGCAAAUCUUCAAAAAGAGAAUACAGAAUGA